AUGGCCUGCUGUAAAAGCAUGUCUGAAGAAAAUGUUAAGGUUCUCUCAAAUAUCAGCACUCUAUGGAGCUCUGCAGUGUCACUCAACCGAUACGACCAAUCAGAUAGCAUCCCUCCUCAGAUUUUCAGCUUCAGUGGAGCAGCCACAUCUGACUGUUUCCUGGAAGAGGAACCUCAUCAGGAUCUGCUGUCUGACCUUUACCAGAGCCUUCAGUUAGAGGAGAAUGCAGCAUGUGGCUCAGGGGCCUCAGCAAGGAUGGGUGAGCCAGGCAGCUCCCUCCUCACCCCUGUGUGCAGCUCCACACAACUUCUGAUCCUUGGUAAAUUGUGUACCUCCAGCACAUCUUGCAACACACAGACCAGCUCUGCUCCUUGUGAUACUAACCAAGAAAGCUUCCUCAAAGCCCAUUCAAAGACAGAUGAAGCCUGCGAUCAGAACACCUCAUAUCAUUGCAAAAUGGGCAGCUGGUGGAAGCAGGAUAUGGAAACCCGCAGAGCAUCCUUUAGACUCUCAGCUUCCACAGAGCCUGGAGCAGCUAUCAAAUCAGAUAAGAGGCCUUCUCUUAUACUAAAUCAACCAUAUUCCUAUAGUCUGGUCACUGCCAAGCAAAAAGCAGACAGCAGAGAUGGCACACAGGCAGACAAAGUGGAGCUCGCAGGUUGGACGGUUUCACAGGGUGCCAUAAGGAGUGGAAGAAGGAAAGGAAAACGAGUGAAGAGAACAUAAUACAAAGGCCGGACUGAAAUGAAUGAGAAACAUAACUUUCUAUCAGCGAUGAUCCAGAGAUAUGUUUGGUUUUUGAUUUGGUUUAACUCAUAAUCUCAUAAUGAACUUACCGGUCAUAAUACAGACAUGAUCAUCAGCAAGAAGACUUUUCACUUUGAUGUGAGGUAUCCACUCUACAUCAAACAUCUGUUCA